AUGAUAUGUGGCCUUUUAGGUAUUAAGUUUACUGAUAAGGACCCGCUGAGUAUUUUUCUCAAACCUUCGACGAAUUUUGCUAAGUUUAAGGAUACUAUACUCUAUAAACUAGGUCUGCUUAGCAUCAAACGGGUGGAGAAGUUGUUCUAUAGAAUCCCGAUAUCCGUGUUACACGAUGAUGUGAAGUGUGAUUCAUUUGUUAUUGGUAGUGACAAAGACUUGCAAGUUCUGCACUAUUAUCGCCGUCAGUUUCCCGAGGUGAGGACUCCAAAACUGUUGGCUAAACUUGUAGAUGUGGUAUCUAGUUCUGGAGGCUCGAAUCGAAAUUCUCAAUCCUCAGGACAUCCAGCCUGCUCUAGUUCCAUGGCUGUUGGAGCCUCGUCGGUUGCGUCGGUCAUUACACUUGAGGCAGUUUUAGUUGCUUAUCCUUUCUUUGCAUUCAAUCUAAACUACAGUGAUGAUGCCGGAGUUGGUGAGACUGGACCAUUGGGAGAGGUAGCAUUUGCGACGCCAGGUUUUUCUACAAUGGCCCCGGUCUUCGGAGAGGUUGGAGUAUCCGAUGGGGUUGAGGAUGCACUGUAUGAUGAUGAUGAUGAUGAUGAUGUGGAGCCCGUCACAAUAGCGGAUGAUAAUGACGAUGACACUCCACGGCCGACUCCAGCUGUGGGUGGGGGAUCAUCUAGUUCGGAUACUAAUCAGUUUUUCCCACACUUCUCAGCUUUGGACUUGGAUGCCAUGGCACCUCAGGGGGAUCCGGGAGUACCUAUUGGAUUCGGGGAUAGAAAGACACAGAAUACUGGAGUUGUAUAUGAAUUUCAAGUUGGUCAACAGUUUCAAAAUAAAGAAGAAGUCGUGUUAAGCGUGAAGACUUAUAGCAUUCGCCAUGGGGUUGAGUACAAGGUACUGGAAUCCAAUAAUUGCAAGUACUAUGGCAAGUGCAAGGAGUUUGGCAGCGGGUGCGCAUGGCUCAUUCGGGUUAGCCUCCGCUAG